AUCACUAGUAGUCAGAGCUCCAAUAGCAGCAGUUUAUCUACUUGCUCCUAAAGCUGAGUCUCUACUCAGCUGACAGCAUGAACUCGGAUAAGUGGCAUCUACGGCAGGAGUAGUCAGAGAGGAAAGUGAAUUCUGGAAAUAUUCUUCUGUACAUAUACUCUCAGAAACUGCGUUUCUUGUCUAACAACAGACGGCUUGGUCGACAUGGGUGCCGUGCGCCUGUUGACGGCGGCGUUGUCCGGCUGAAAAGCUCCCCCGCUCGGCUCGUCAUUCUUAAGCAGCUACUAAGCUUAGCUUUUGUAAGUUUAAUAGAGCCGCCACUGCUGUGUUUUAACUCUGACGGUGAAGCUAAUCAAGCUCGGCUGCUAGCUUGGACGGUGUUUGUUGGCUAACAGCGGUUUUUGCUGUUUGCAGUUGAGUAGGUGAUGUUGUCUGUGCUGUCAUACGGUAGACUGGUGGCCAGAGCUGUCCUCGGCGGACUCUCUCAGACGGACGGCCGUGACUACAGCCUUGUGACAGCGAGCUGCGGCUUCGGCAAAGACUUCCGUAAAGGCAUCCUUAAAAAAGGAAUGUGUUACGGGGAUGAUGCCUGCUUCGUCGCACGACACAGAUCCGCCGAUGUUUUAGGUGUAGCUGAUGGAGUCGGAGGCUGGAGGGACUAUGGUGUUGACCCAUCACAGUUUUCAAGUACGCUCAUGAAGACAUGUGAAAGGCUGGUGAAGGAAGGACACUUCAUUCCUAGCAAUCCUGUGGGGGUUUUGACGACCAGCUACUAUGAGUUGUUGCAGAACAAAGUGCCACUGCUCGGCAGUAGCACAGCCUGUAUAGUGGUCUUGGACCGACAGAGCCACCAGCUGCACACAGCCAACCUGGGAGAUUCAGGCUUCCUAGUGGUGCGGGAAGGGGAGGUGGUCCACCGCUCAGACGAGCAGCAGCACUACUUCAACACCCCCUUCCAGCUAUCCAUCGCUCCUCCAGGAGCUGAGGGGGCCGUCCUCAGUGACAGCCCUGACGCUGCAGACAGCUCUUCCUUCGAUGUCCAGCUGGGUGACAUCAUCCUCACUGCCACUGACGGGCUCUUUGACAACAUGCCUGACUACAUGAUUCUGCAGGAACUGAAGAAGCUCAAGAACACAAACUGUAAGAGCAUGCAGAAGACGGCAAGGAACAUCGCAGAGCAGGCCCACGAUCUGGCGUAUGACCCAAACUACAUGUCACCUUUUGCACAGUUUGCCUGUGACAAUGGGCUGAAUGUAAGAGGAGGAAAGCCAGAUGACAUCACAGUGCUGCUGUCUAUUGUAGCGGAGUACACAGAUUAAAGACUACUGGUGUAGCUGUGACAGUGUCUGCCUCUGAAGGUGAUGAACUGUUGAAGUCCUGCUGGCCAGGAUAAAGAACUAAAGUGACAAGCUCUCCCUGCAAUGGCUGGUUCCACUUUGCCUCAGAAUUCUUUUUCAAAUAAGAGAGCUGCUGAGUGAAAAGGACGUGGGUCCAGAGAGACUCUUGGGCAGGCUGCAGCCUUAAAGUCCAUUAGUGAUGCAUAGGAAAUGGUAUUUUGGCUUUUUAAUAAACGUGCAAAAGAAUGUGUGUGGGGAAGGUCUGAAGCACUCUGUGUAUAUAAGGGUGUGUGCAGAGUGUGUAAAUGUGAUGUUUUUGAUGAAUGUUAAAAACAAAUGUCAUAAGAUCAUACAAAAGAAAUGGACAAAGCCAUGGUAGCUUAAGUGAAGUCUGAGAGAGUAAACCUUUCUCUAGUUUUAGAAUUACUUUUAAAAAAAAAAUCAAACUAAUAUUAUCAAAUUAGCAGAUUUUUUUUUUAUUCUGGCCAAACAAAAGUUUACAAACAAAAAAGGAGCAAAUGGCACUUUGAGCUCUUCUGAAAAAUAUAUUGAUAAAAAAACCACAUUAGAAGCAACUUCUAAUGUGACAAUGUUAAUUCCAAAUCCAGCAGAUCACCUCAGGUGAACUACUUGUUGUGGCCAUAAUCUGCAAAUGGUUGGUCAAUUUUAUUUCUUUUCUGCCCUUCCUUUAACAGUACA